AUGUCCGAGCGCAAGAUGUCUGAGGCUGGACCCUCGAAGAUCCAAAUCCCAGCUGCAUCAUUCCCCACGCAUAAUUCCCCUCGAGUAUGGUUCCUGACAUCUGCGCUGUCGCCCUUGGUCGUGCGGCUCGUGAGAUUGCUGCUGGCGCAUGGCGACUACGUAGCAGCUGCUCUACCACCUUCCGAAAUCCAGGACGCGGAAAGGAGUGCUGAGUUCAGGGAACUCGUCAAUGAGUGCAAGAGCGGGAGGAAGGAUAGAGAGGGCUGGAAGGACCGGAUAAGAGGGAUUAGGUGUGAUGGGAGGGUUGUGGGGCAGUGUGGUGCGGCGGUCGCGGAGGCUGUGGAGGUGUUUGGACGGAUUGAUAUUUUGCUGUGCUGUACCUCUGAGGCAAUUAUCGGCACAGUCGAAGAGCUCUCCACCACCACCGCUACUCAAAGUCUCGUCCGCGACCAAUUCGAAACCAUCUUCUUCUCACAAGUGAAUUACAUAAAAGCCACGCUCCCUCUCCUUCGCGAGUGCAACAAUGGCCACAUCAUCAUUCUUACCAGCAUCACCGGCCACAUUGGGACCCCCGGCAUGCCGUUCUACAGUUCCGCCAUCUGGGCCCUCGAAGGCUACUGCGAUUCGCUGGCGUACGAAAUCGCGCCGUUCAAUGUCAAACUGACAAUCGUGCAGCCGAACAAGGAGAUAGCUGUGUUGACGAAUCGGAUUGUGUUUGCGCCGCAGCUGCAGCAGUACGAGAGUCUGAAUACCAACAACCCGGCGCCGGGCAUCAGGGAUAUCCUCACGAAUGUGGUCAACGCUCAUCCGGAAACGAGGAUUCCGGUGCAGCAGGGUGUUAAUCACGAAGAGUCUAUUGAGUCAAGGUAUCCGAGGCUUUCUAGCGAAGCGAAGGAUAGGUUGGUGAUGGAGUCAGUACAUGCGCUGACCGCCAUUGGGGGCCAUGAGAACCCGCCUGCGAGACAUAUCGUGGGUUAUGAAGGUGUAGCGUCGGUGAAGGAGAAGCUGAAGACCGUCAGUGAGGAGCUCGAGGACUUCGUGGAGGUCAGCUGUGCGGUGGAUAUCUUUAAGAGCGAUGUUGGACGGGCGGCAUUGUCGGGCGCCAAGUUGGACACGAAUAUGGGCGGUACUGGGGUGCAGCUGGGACGGCCGAGCUCGAGCUGA